GAUCUGGUCAAAAGGAACAGAAAUAGGGUGAGUACAAUCAAGAAUCAAACCGAACGAUACGAGAGUGAGUAGUUGAUUGACUUUAUGAGAAAUCCACCAAAGGGUUAGUUUCUUUUUUCCACUGUCCUCCUCGUACCGCCGGCAGACAUUGUUACUCAACAAAGGCAACCAGAAGAAGAAAAAACAUGGCGGAAGAUAAAGGGAAGGAGGAAGUAGAAACCACAAUUUCAGAAGAAAGAGACAAAGAAGAAGAGGAAAAAGGAGAAAAAAUUGAAGAAAUGAAGCCAUGGGAGCAGCAUUCUGCUGUGAUAAGCAUCCCUCGAUACGAUUACAACGCUUCUUCUUCCUUACUCCACAAUUCGCAUUCUGGGUUUCUCAUUACUUGCCCCAUCAAGAGGGAGAAAAGUGCAACUAAAGAAGCUAUAGGUAUCCUUGAAAAGUACAUUGUUUCAAAUCAUGAUGCUAAGCGAAGGAAAACAUGCUUGGAAGAUGCUAAUAAAGAAUGUAAUGGAUCAGGAAAAGGUACAGCUAAUGAGCAUGUAAAUUCUGAAUCCAGUACUUCUAUGGAGAAAAGUGACAUUCUCUCACUUGUUAAGUUAACGAGAAGCGGAUUAAUUUUCUUUAAAUUUCCAUUCGACAAGUCUCCAGCAGUUGUUGACAUCGUUUCACAGAUUUUUCAAUCCCUGGAAACUGGAAUAUUGAAGUCUCCUCUUUGGUGUAAUCGGAUAUUACCAAUUCAAGGUACAUGCUGUUUAGAUGAGAAGGAACUUAAGAAGAUUGUGACUAAGCUUGUUGAGCAGUUUAUGAACAAUAGGCAGAAGGAGACUGGAAGCACUGUUAAGUUUGCAGUUGGAUAUAACAGGAGAGGGAUUGAGGAAACUGAGAUGAAGAAUCUAAGAAAAGCUUCUAGUGAUCCUAAUAUAUUUGCUUUGUUGGAUCGCAACAAAUGCUUCAGCGUCGUAGCAGCAGCAGUGAAAGAAGUUGUCCCCGAUUCGAUAGUGGAUUUGAAAGAUCCAGAGCUCUGUGUGCUUGUUGAGGUACUCCCACUUUCUGGAGUAUCGGAUAGGACAGCCAUAGUUGGUUUAUCAGUUCUUCCACAAGCAUUUGUUAGUACAAAGCCUCGACUCUGCAUCAAGGCCUUAGUCUCGGAUACAAAAGAUACGAAUAAGAAGAAAAGUUAAUGGUCUCUAAGAACAGGACGUAUAUUUUCCAUUUUCUGUUUGUUGCUGCUAUUUUGCUAGUAGAGAUUCUCAUGCCAGUAGGAAGUAUAGGGAACUUCUAGUACUUUUCAAUUUUAUUUGCGUUUAGUAUGAUGUUGGUUUGAGAUGAAUUUAAACGAGAAAACAUGGUCAGUAAGUAAGGAUUCAUAUAGCUGAUACCAACUUGUUUGACACAAAGGCUUAGUUGUUCUUUGUUGACUCGCGCUUUCAGUGCAACGCCUUGCAAUGUAGGAACUUAUUAUUUUUGUAUCAUCUUCAGGUGUAGUAAUUUCAUGCACUGUCUUAUCAUUACCAGGUGCUGGCCAGAUCUUGUGGAGAAAACUACGUAGACUUGUCCAUCGAACAAUAUCACAUCAUAUUUUAAGAGUUUGAAUUGUUUUUGGCCGCAGAAAAGAUUUACCAUCAUGGCAAGUUGAGCUAUUUAAGAAGGAAGGAAUGAUUAUAAAUUGAGGAGUGAAGGGUCAAAAAAACACCAA